AUGAGCGCAAAGAAAAGAUGGGUUGUAUCGUCACAAAAACAUUCCUCUCCAUCCGAAGAGAAAGGUUCUCUUACAAAAAAUGUAUUCGGAUUCCAUUCCAAAAAGUCUCAAAAGUCUCCUCUACGGGAAAAUAUAGAAGAUGUUGAAGAUCAAGACGAAGAAACUCUGCUACUCUCCAUACGAGAGUCCUCGGCGUCUAAGAAGCAGAAAAGAGACCAAUGCCAAGAUGAUAUUCAAGAGUUUUCAUCUGAAGAAGAAUCAACUUCCGUGCCUUUAGGUAGUCAUGAUUUUCAGUUUUCGUCAGCUACUGCAAAUCCAGGUGUCCGUUCUCCCUCAUCUGCUCGCUCUUCCAAAGCUUUUGCAUUUCAGUCUCCAAAAUCUGUGAAACGAGACCAGGCUCUUGAAAAGUCUCCUGUAUCCGUACAUUUAGCAAAGUUUUCCGCAGCAGCUACCGGAACACCUCCUCCCAAACCAGUUUUCGCAAAUCGCUCACCUUUCUUGGAUAAAAAGAAGAAAGAGUUUUCUUUACUAGAUUGUACAAAAGUUCUUGAGAGCCGUUACGUGGCACGUAUACAGCAUCGCAAUUUCCAACAACUAAAUCUCGCUUCCCACAAUGUUAGAGACAAGUACGGCAACUUAUUGCUAGUAGAGGAAAAUACAACGCCCGAUUCACGAAAAAACUAUUUACUGUGCAAAAAGACACCCGUCGAACUAAAUCGGUCACAUUUGCUUUCCUUGCCUCCUCCCGUGUAUAGUAACCAGUAUGAUUGCAUCGAUGUUUCUUUAAUACCUUGUUGA